UAAAAUCGUGUGGAGCCCAUACCGCAAAGAUUCUCAAACGACUUUGACUACACAUCGUCCAAAUAUAAGCUAACAUGCUUCGUCAAGUUUUCAACUUACCUCUUCAUUUUACUAAAAAUAAAGGAUUAAGAAUAAUGAAGCAUUUUCCAGCACAAAUUCAUACGACUUCUUGCAUGUCACUGAUGGAAAAGGUUGUUAAAGGGAAAAAGAAAUUCAUCAAACAAGUGAUGUCAGAAAAAGAAUCCCAAGAUAUCGAAGAUAAUGAUACUGAAGAAGAACUUAGUGCAGUAAAUGAUUUUUCUUUCCCUGGUCAUGAAGAAUAUGGAUUUUCAAUUCCAACCAUGCAAACUCACGAAACGUUGGUCAACGACAUUAAAUAUCGCGAUUUGCCGAUCGUUCACAUUCAAUCAACGAAAAAUAACACUAUAAUGACAUGCCUCGAUGGGGAUCACCAACCAGGAGUCCAUGGUUUAAUAAAUUCCUGCGGCAGAGAGGGUUUUCGAAGUGCGAAAAAAAGUACUACUGUUGCAGCACAAGCAACUGGUAUGAGUUUGGGUGCCAAAAUGAUUAGAAAAGGCUAUAAAGAUAUUCGGGUUAGAGUUCGAGGAACUGGUGCAGGAAGAUUUCCAUCAAUCAAGGGACUAGAGAUGUCUGGCUUGAAUAUUAUGUCGAUAACAGAUGCAACUUACUAUGGGACUAUGGGUUACAAAAAGCCUCGAAAGCAAAGACGUGUCUAAAUGUGUCUAAAUAUAUAUUAAUAAAUUAUAUUGCUUUAUAUUUAUUAUUUAAAAUUGUUAAUUGCAAGUACACAAUUAUUUGUCGCUAGGUGGCGAUCUACCGAGUAAACGGUUAACAACUCUGACAAUUUUGCAAACAUUCCAACAUUCGAAUUUUUCGAGGGAUAAAAUUAUUUUGAUUCUCAUUGAUGGACCCCCUAUUCCUCGCAAUAAGUCUUUAUCGAAGACGCAAACUGGAAGAAUGUGUAGAAUUAUGCACUCAGUUAUUAGACAAAAAUCCCUAUGAUCAGGCAACGUGGUCUCUGAAAACGAAAGCCCUUACAGAGCAAGUCUAUGUUGAUGAAAUUGAAGUUGACGAAGAAGGUAUUUCAGAGCUUAUGAUGGACGAUAAUGCUAUUGCAACAGUAGCUCGACCAGGAACCUCAUUUCAAAGACCGGCAACAAACAGCGGUGGUCCUAGUCCGAAUGUCAGACCAACUACUCAAUCUGGAAGACCAGUUACAGGUUUUACAAGACCUGGAACUCAAUCUGGUAGACCAGGAACAAUGGAGCAAGCGCUAAAAACUCCAAGAACUGCUCAUACAGCCAGGCCUGUAACAAGUGCCUCAGGGAGAUAUGCUUCUAUGCUAUCAACUGCUGAUGGACCUUUUAUUAACGUUUCACGGUUAAAUCUUAACAAAUACGCAAGUCGACCAAACCUGGCGAAGACCCUAUUCGAAUAUAUCUUUCAUCAUGAAAACGACGUUCGCACGGCUUUGGAUUUGGCGGCAGCUGCCACUGAAGCAGCUCAGUAUAAGGACUGGUGGUGGAAAGUUCAAAUCGGAAAGUGCUAUUACAGAUUGGGCUUAUUCAGAGAUGCGGAGAAGCAAUUCAAAUCAGCAUUGAAGCAGCAAGAGACGUUAGAUAUUUAUUUAUAUUUGUGCAAGGUCUAUGUGAAACUCGAUCAACCACUUGCCGCCAUCGAAGUGUACAAGGAGGGUUUGGAGAAGUUUGCCGAGGAGAGUUCUUUAUUGACCGGAAUAGCUAGAAUAUACGAGGGUUUGAACGACAUGGAAAAUUCGAUAAAGUUUUAUAAAAACGUUCUAAAAUCGGAUAAUAUGAGUGUAGAAGCAAUUGCUUCUAUAGCGACCCAUUACUUCUAUACUGAUCAGCCGGAAGUAGCCUUGAAGUUUUACAGGCGUCUCUUGCAAAUGGGAGUUUCGAACGCCGAAAUGUAUAACAAUCUUGGGCUCUGCUGUUUCUUUGCUCAACAGUAUGACAUGGUUUUGACAUGUUUUGAGAGAGCUCUGUCUCUAGCAAAUGAUGAAAAUGUAGCGGACGUUUGGUACAAUAUCGGUCACGUAGCUCUGGGUAUUGGGGACAUGAGUUUGGCGUAUCAGUGCUUUCGAUUAACCCUUGCGAAUAAUAACGAUCAUGCAGAAGCCUAUAACAAUCUUGGUGUAUUAGAAAUGAAAAAGGGUAGAAUAGAACAGGCCAGGGCCUUCUUUCAAGCCUCAUUCAACCUCACCCCUCAUAUGUUCGAACCGCAUUUUAACUUUGCCAUCUUAUCUGAUAAGAUCGGGGAUCUACAGCACAGCUACAAUUCUGUUAGACGCUCACUCGAAGCAUUUCCGGAGCAUACGGAUUCAAAAGAGUUGUUUAAAGUACUUAGGGAACAAUUCGCAACAUUAUAA